CCCGCUUCCUGAGUCGGUGGUGACAGCGUAGGGAUGGCGGCGGCGGCUAAAGGGGCCUGUGGCUCGGGCGCGGACACUCGGCUGGACCAGGAGUCAGCCCGGUGGCUUCGGUGGGACAAGAAUCCUUUAACUUUGGAGUCAGUGAAACAACUGAUUGCAGAAGGCAAUAAAGAAGAACUGCAGAAAUGUUUCGGGGCCCGCAUGGAGUUUGGGACAGCCGGCCUCCGAGCUGCUAUGGGAGCGGGGAUUUCUCGGAUGAACGACUUGACCAUCAUCCAGACCACACAGGGAUUUUGCAGAUAUCUUGAAAAACAAUUCAGUGACCUUAAGCAAAGAGGUGUCGUGAUCAGCUUUGACGCUCGAGCUCACCCAGCAAGUGGAGGCAGCAGCAGAAGAUUUGCCCGACUUGCUGCAACCACAUUUAUCACUCAGGGGAUUCCUGUGCACCUGUUUUCUGAUAUUACCCCCACUCCUUUUGUGCCUUACACGGUAUCUCAUUUGAAACUUUGUGCUGGAAUCAUGAUCACGGCCUCCCACAAUCCAAAGCAGGAUAAUGGUUAUAAGGUCUAUUGGGAUAAUGGAGCUCAGAUCAUCUCUCCUCAUGAUAAAGGGAUUUCUCAAGCUAUUGAAGAGAAUCUAGAGCCCUGGCCUCAAGCUUGGGAUGAUUCCUUAAUCGAUGGCAGCCCCCUUCUUCACGAUCCAAGUGCUUCCAUCGACAAGGACUACUAUGAAGACCUUAAAAAAUACUGUUUUCACAGGAGUGUGAACAAGGAGACCAAGCUGAAGUUCGUGCACACCUCUGUCCAUGGCGUGGGUCACCGCUUCGUGCAGUCGGCUUUCAGGGCUUUUGACUUCGUUCCUCCCGAGGCUGUUCCCGAACAGAAAGAUCCAGACCCUGAGUUCCCAACCGUGAAAUACCCAAAUCCCGAAGAGGGUAAAGGUGUCUUGACUUUAUCCUUUGCUUUGGCUGACAAAGUCAAGGCCAGAAUCAUUUUAGCAAAUGACCCAGAUGCUGAUAGACUUGCUGUGGCAGAAAAGCAAGACAGUGGUGAAUGGAGAGUGUUUUCAGGCAAUGAGUUGGGGGCCCUCUUGGGCUGGUGGCUCUUUACUUCUUGGAAAGAAAAGAACCAAGAUCACAGUGCCCUCAAAGACACGUACAUGUUGUCCAGCACCGUCUCCUCCAAAAUCCUGCGGGCCAUUGCCUUAAAGGAGGGUUUUCACUUUGAGGAAACACUAACUGGCUUUAAGUGGAUGGGAAACCGAGCCAAACAGCUAAUAGACCAGGGGAAAAAUGUCUUAUUUGCAUUUGAAGAAGCAAUCGGAUACAUGUGCUGCCCUUUUGUUUUGGACAAAGAUGGAGUCAGCGCUGCUGUCAUAAGCGCAGAGUUGGCUAGCUUUCUAGCAACCAAAAAUUUGUCUUUGUCUCAGCAGCUAAAGGCCAUCUAUGUUGAGUAUGGUUACCAUAUUACCAAAGCUUCAUAUUUUAUCUGCCAUGAUCAAAACACCAUUAAAAAAUUAUUUGAAAACCUUAGAAACUAUGAUGGGAAGAAUAAUUAUCCGAAAACUUGUGGCAAAUUUGAAAUCUCUGGCAUCAGGGACCUCACCACCGGCUAUGAUGACCGCCAGCCUGAUAAAAAAGCUGUUCUCCCUACUAGUAAAAGCAGCCAAAUGAUCACCUUCACCUUUGUUAAUGGCUGCGUGGCCACCAUGCGGACCAGUGGGACAGAGCCCAAAAUCAAGUACUACACGGAACUGUGUGCCCCGCCUGGGAACAGUGAUCCUGAGCAGCUGAAGAAAGAACUAAAUGAACUAGUCGCUGCUAUUGAAGAAUAUUUUUUCCAGCCACAAAAAUAUAACCUGCAGGCAAAGGCAGAGUGAAAUAUUUCAGCCUUGGGCACAAUUACAUUUACCUACAAUUAAGCGCAACUUGAUUUGUUAAGCAUUAUUUGUGAGGGCCAACAUAAAUACAAGUAUUUAUGUUUUUUUAAUAGACUUAGGUUCCUCAUUGUUUUAUGUUUGAUCUUUAAUGAAAAAGAAGAAAAGAUGAGCAAGCCUAACUAACCAACAUUCCUAUUAAAAUGUUGAGACUUGGCAUUAUCAGAAUUUUUUAAAAUGAAGAUAUAAAAAAUGUUAUGAAUGUGCUUUGAUUAGAAAAAUAACAAAUAUAUGUUUUCUCUAUAAUUCUUUUUAUGAAUAAUUGAAAUAGCAAGGAAGCCUAUACAGUUAUUAAAUUGGGGGCUGUCCUUUGUUGUAUACCUGCACUGUUACCUAUGCAGGCAUACCUCAUUUUACUGUGCUUUGCUUUUUUGAGCUUCACAGGUGUUGUGUUUUUUACAAACUGAAGGCAAGACCUUCUCCCAGCAAAAAGAUUAUGACUCACUUUAUUGCGAUACUUGCUUUAUUGUGGUGGUCUGGAGCUGAACUCGCGAUAUCUCUGAGGUAUUCCUGUAUGUGUAUGGGGUGGGCAAAAGUAGGUUCACAGUUAACAGUUAUUUGUAUGAAACAUAAUACAAUGAGUAACAAAUAAUAAUCCAAGAAUAAAUUUUGUGUUUCAUGUACUCACAACUGUAAACCUACUUUGGACCACUCUGUGUUUACAUUUCUAUCACCUGCUUAUAAAAUAAAAUAAAUGAACAGAUCAAAUGUUGUGUUCUUGUUUAGGGACAAUAUAACUUAUUGAAAUCUGUAAAAAGGAGCAAAAUAUACUUUAAAAAAAUAAAGUGGGUUUUUUUUUUAUCUAAACCCUUUUAGUUCUAAUAAUACACCAUUAUACAUCGUACAUGUGCUAGGAAAAAAACAGCUUAACCAUCUUUGUUUAAAUGCAUUAGCACUCAUUUUGUCUGUUUAAAUCUUGAAUCAAACAAUUGGUUAUUUGAAACUUGCAAAGUACUUCAUUGUACAAUUUUUCGCUCCAGCGCAAUUGAAUUCUUGUUUUCAGGCACCAAGAACGAUAAAUAACUGUCUACCUGACUUUGAUAUUUUUUGCCGUGUUUGUUCAUAUUCAAAAUCUAAAACCAGGAUUUUCUAUAACAGAUUGUAUUUUUCAGGUUUAUUAUUUUAGUCUGUGCCUUCUACCCUCCUCAUAACUGUUGACUUUGUAACCUUCCAAAACGACUCCCAUUGAGUGAGUGCUCUUGAGGCAAAGCCAAGCUGUUCUUUCUGUACUUUAUACAUUUCAUGUGAUUUUCUAUUUUUAAAGCAAAUGAUUGCCCAUUAUUAUUAUUGUUAACCUAAAUGGUUAUGAAGUGUUUCAGAACAAUGAGAAAUGAUAAUACUGUUGACAGUCACUUUUCUAAAGUAAAGGAAAAAUGGUUUUAUGUCUUAGUCAUACAUAGCUUGUAUACCACCAGAACUCUUAAAUCCACAAUAUUCAAUAGAUUCUAUCAGCCACUUCAAUGCAGAAGCUCUAUGGAUUUUGGGUUAUAAUGUCUUGAACUAUCAAACUGUACUCUGGAAAAAAAGAAGCGGUGGAUCUGUGUCCUCUCUGGUUUUCUGAGCAUGUAAACUAUCCUAUCACAGAGUUUGUUCUGAAAAUACAGAAGUGAUUGAGCUCCAGUUCUCCUGGAGCUUAGAGUCUAAUUGGAGGCUAGUAAAUAACUGUCGUACCUACCAAUUCUGUAAUAGAAUUUUGCGAAGCACUCAGAGGUCAGACGCGGGUGAGAGAGUCAUUCCGCUGAGAGACGGCUUCUCCCAGGAGGGAUGUUGAAUGAGCUGCUUCACCUUUGGAGAUGAGUAGCCUCUGAAGAUGGAGGGCAAAGUCUUCCAGGCACAGAGCACAGCAUUAACAAAGGAGCACAGGUGCUGGGAUGGGUGUGCAUUUUCAGGGCGGUGGUGGUGGGAAAACAGGACCCAGCUAUAAACCUUAGGACAUAGCCCACCCCUCUGCCACUCAGGUGCGCAGGUGAGCAGUCAGACCUACAGGAGGCUCCCCUGACUCUAUUUCUCUCUUGUAUUUCCAAGAAAUGUCACGCCAUGGAUGCCCAGGAAGUGUUUCUUGACUUUUUAUUAUGGGAAGCAGGGUAGCAUAAUUUGUGGUGCAUAAUGCUCACAGCAGAAGGCCCCUGGGUUCUAAUCUUGGUCUGCUGUAAAUCAGCUCUGUGACCCUAGUCAAGUCACUUCCCCCUCCAUCUCAAAUUUUGUUAUUUUUUAAGCUUUUUUUUUUAGUUAAGGUUCCAGGUUCACAGAAAAUUUGAGAGGAAGGUACAGAGAUAUCCCCUAUAUAGGCAUAGCUCCCCUAUCACCGACAUCUCCCACCAGGGUGGUGCGUUCAUUGCUACUGAACCUUCCCACGUUGACACCUCAUCGCCUCAACUGUAGAGACAACAAAGAGAUCGUUGGUGGCCGGAGAUUAGUGAGGAGAGAGGAAUGAUUAAGCAGAGCAUGGAGAAUUUUUAGGGCAGUAAAAGAAAAUUCUCUGUAUGAUGUUGUAAUAGUGAAUGUAUGUCUAUACCUUUGUCCAGCUCCACAGAAUGUACAGCACUAAGAGCAAACCCUAAUAUAAACUGUAGACUUUGGGUGAAAAUUCUGUCAUUUUUUUAAAAUGUAAAGAUGCUACUAAGUGUCCUCCAAGGUGAUUUUGUGCCGCAGGCCCUUACAUUCUGUGAAAGUCCAAUAAGAGCACUAUCAGCAACAAUAAAUCAUUGGCAAUUC